AUGUCAACCAAUCAAUGUGAGGUUUGCGAAUCGCCCAGUAACAUUUCAUGCAACCAUUUUGGAGCCAGAACAUGUAAAGCCUGCGCGGCAUUUUUCCGUCGUACCGUAUCCAUGAAACUCGAGUACACCUGCAUAGAGCAACCGGAUGCUUGCCGAGUCCAUCACGAUUCCAGACUGAUUUGCCGAUUUUGUCGGCUCCAAAAAUGCUACGAAAUUGGAAUGAAAACACUUUUAGUAAAAUCGAAAAACGAACGAAAGCAAUACAUUCGAAUCUCCAAAGGAUUGGUUCGAAAGAGGUCGCCAACUAUUGAAAAACGUCAGCAAACGGACAUAAGAACCACUCCGGAAUCAGAAGAAAUUGAAAACGAAGCCACCCCGGGUCCAUCGUCGGUGUCUUCUGAAUCCGCGGAAGUUCAGGAGACGUUAACAAAGUUUUUGAACUUGGAAACUUCCAUGUGUGAUAGAAGACGACUUUUGUAUGCUGAAACCCCAGUUAGUAUUGUUUUGGAGGGUGGACGAGAGUGGCCUUACGACAAUGCGACGUUACGGAUGUUCGACUACAAAGUGAGCCAGGGGAUGACUAAAAAUGAUUUCGUUAUGAUUCUCGACUAUGCACGUGGAAUGCCAGGAUUCGAUGAGCUCACAUAUGCGGAUAGUGUGUUCUGCUAUCGGUUGGUGUGUGCAGUGGAUUUUGUGAUGAAUUCAGCGUAUUAUACGUUUAAACGCGGUAUCCAACACGACGAGCUUAUUCUAAACGACGGGACAUUUAUCCCUAUGACCCCAACACCUCUAACCGGAUACGAAGAAAAUGCAAAUCUCCUAUUCCAAAGCCAAGACGAUCUUAUGAAAUUUCGAGCAUUAAUGCCCCUGAUUUUGCAUCAAUGGAAAAUUUGUGCUCCAUUUGCUCAGUUGGCACCAUCUUAUGAGGAGUUUUGCAUAAUCAAGGCUAUUUGUAUUUGGCAUGUUUCUUACUACCGUCUCAGCGAACAGGGUCGUCAAGUGGCUCUUAUCCAGAGAGAUCGGCUUAUCAGAGCUCUGAAUUAUGCUUGCAGUUUGGAUAAUGAUGAUAUUGGGGAGAGAUUUGGAAAUAUGAUAAUGUCAUUGAAUUAUAUCGUGGAGCAAAUCCGUCACGUCGUGUCUUCUUUCGUGAUGAUCUCAUUUUUUGGCAUACUCAAUGUUGAUCAAUCGAUGAUUGCGAUCACUAGUUUUUGGAACAAAUCCGCAAUACCAACUGCUCAUUCGUCAUGA